GGGCAGAUGUCAUUGCCCUGAUCUGCGGGCCAAAUGUGCAUGAGGAAAUGCAGACCACUGGCAUCCAUGAUGAUGAUCUCCCAUUGCAAGUUUUACCACCACCACAAAUAAAUUCCGAACGAUCAUUACGCCAAAAGUGCAAUCUUCGCCCCGCAAUACAGCGGCCCCGAGGCAGAACGAAUACAGCAUUGAAAAAUGCCGGCCAUGGAUGCCCGUGUCCAAGACUACCUGGAUGACAAGCUCCAGGCCUCUGCAGAUCUGGAAUCGCUCGAUGCUUUGCUUUCCAACGUUAGAGAACAGCAAAAUCUUCUCAAGCAACAGCUCGCAGUUGCAAGAGAAGCACAGGAUGAGGUGGAAGCACAGACGCGGAACCAUCGCGAGAAGGUCUUACACGAUGCGCAAGAUUACCAGGCAGUACAGGCGAACAUUGAUGCAAGGCUGCUAGCUGUGACUCAGUCAGACUCUGCCGAUGAUGCGGUCAGAAGCUUCGAAGCAAGCAUGGCGCGGCUGCGUAACAUCGACCUGACCACUGGAUAUGUCGAGUUAUUGUUGGAAGUAGACAGACUAAGGUCGAAUUGCCUUCAGACACUCCAAGAUUCAUCGGACUCGACCUUGACAGCUUAUCGCAAAGUGCAGCAGUUAGUCGUUGACCUUCAGCCACUACAAGAAGCAGCCGAGGGCGCAGCGCCACAUUUGAUCAACCACGUCCAAGUCACAGUGAAAGAACUCCGACAUACGAUUGAGAAGGCCUAUGUGGACAAUCUCGAAGCAACACUUCGAAAGAUGAAUUGGCCCAAAGCCACGGGCGCGGUUCCCAUGGCACUGAUCGAAGAAUGGACCCUCAAUGUUGGCAGGCUUCUCGAUUUGCAACGACCUGACCUCAAGCUUCGACGACAGCCGUCCGGCGUCUAUGAUGACCCGAUCCCGCUCCUACCCUUGCAGAUUCUCGUUCGUCCGCUCGAGCAACGCUUCAACUACCAUUUCUCGGGCAACAAGCCGACAAAUCGACUCGAGAAGCCUGAAUAUUUCCUGUCUCACGUACUAGAACUUAUUCGGGACUACUCGCAGUUUGUGCAAGAUAAUUUGCAGCCUAUAGUCCUGCGACACUUCAGAGAUUCCGAGGAUCUCCUCGAUUUCCCCGCCUGCAUCGAUGCGACAACGGCGUUCAUCACCGCUUUGAUUCCAAUGCUUAAGAACAAACUCUACUCCGUCGGCUCUGAGAUUGUCAGCCAGCCCUCUCUCCUCAGUCAUCUGGUGCAGGAAGUUAUAUCCUUCGACACGACACUUCAGCAAUCGUACGGAUAUGCGCCAAAUUCGCCAGAUGAGCCAUGGUCUGGGCUUGCCUACUUCUUCCUAACAACGUGCGCACAUUUCGACCGCUGGCUCAGCGCCGAGAAGGACUUUGCGCUGCAGAGGUAUCGUGCCAUUGUAGAAGCACCUGAUGCUGGUGAAAUCGACUACGACGCUGUAGCCGCCGAUGCGACAAAGCCAACCAAGUCAGCGAUUCGCGUGAACGAUCUUCUGGAAACCAUAACCGAGCGCUAUCGUCAUUUAUCAAGCUUUUCGCAGAAGGUGAAAUUCUUGAUCGACAUACAAAUCGAGAUCUUCGAUAUGUAUUAUCGUCGAUUGAACGAUAGUCUUAGCGCGUAUCUGACCGCGACUUCGAGUUUGGUACGCACGAUGCAUAGUAUCUCCAAAGACGACCAGGAAGAGGUCCAGGGAGUCAAGGGACUUGACCGACUAUGCCGGAUCUUGGGCUCAGCGGACUAUCUCGAGCGCGCCAUGCGUGACUGGAGCGACGAUCUCUUUUUCCUGGAGCUCUGGAUGGAGCUUGAUUAUCGCACCAAGCACCGCGACAGUUCGGGCAACAGUUCGGCAUAUAGCUGGAAGGAAAUUCAGGACAGAGCAACCACUGCCUUCGGUCAACAGAACAGCGAGGGCAAAGUGGAUGGAGCUCUCUUCGACGAGACUUCGGGUAGUUACCGGCGUCUACGAGUUCGCUGUGAGAACACUCUGGUCGAAACCCUGUCGUCACAAAUUUCGCAAGCACUCCGACCAUACGGUUCCAUGACGACAUGGGCCUCGAUCCCAUCCAGCGCUGCAGGAAGCUCUAUCUCGAACGAGCUUGAUCCAGCCCUCCGUCUCAUAGAUCAGUAUCUCGGAUUCCUCGCGCGGGCCAAUGGUAAACUGCUACUUCGCAGCACCACCCGACAAAUUUGCCAGGGCAUCCAGAAUUACAUCAUGAACCACGUACUAUCCUCGCGUGUAUCAUUUUCCACCGCCGGCGCGGCGCAAUUGACAUUCGAUAUGCAGGCCUUGUGCGCGGGUGUCGAUCGACACGUGGGUGCUGGCCAGGCUCAGCGGGGUCUGAAGAAGCUACUUCAGGCGGUGACUUUGGUGGGAUUACCUGUAAGAGGUGAGAUCCAGCGCGAGCUUCCUAGCCGAUCUGGCGAAUCUGCCGAUUCUACGGGAGACGCUGAUCAAGAUGGUGACGACGCGGCUUGGGACGAACUCGACGAGAAGUCUGGGGAGGUCAGUGAUGGUAAGAUGAGCCUGUUCCAGGCCGAGCGACUGGUUUUCAAGGACAAUGAAGGUGCGAGACAAGUUCUGGAGCAACUUGGUCUUGACUCGCUAUCGGAGAGUGAGGCGAGAGAUCUUCUGAGGAAACGCAUCGAGCUUGGUAGCUGACGGAUGAAAAUGUGAAUUUACCGUAACAGAUUCCCCAAAGAAGAAAAACUUCAUUCCUGUCUAUAUUUUUAAUUAACCAUGACCGCAAUAAUUCAACGAUCUUCCAUGCCUCCACACCCGUCAAGCAAACACCGACGCGUGACGCAAUCCUGAAAUCCCAUGCAGUCACCGCAGAAGGUCAUCUCGUUCUACUCGUGACCCGGUUUGUUGUUCAUGGUCUGACUUCGCAGGAGUUCCUCGACUUGGUGAUCCUUCAAUUCGUCCGCCGGAUGCGUCUUCGGCUCAUUCGCUCCCUCGGCUAC